AUGCUGUCUUCUCGGCAAGAUCGUUCAGCUAUUGAUCGAAUCAGCACGAAAUUAUUGCAAAGACGGAUGACGGAAACAAAACGUGCGUCAUCUCCAGUAGAGUCUGAAAACGCCAAAAGGGCUAAAUAUUUACCUCGAGAUGUAUUUAGAGAAGAAAAUGUUGGGGUUGAGACAGCGAACCAUUUUAUUUUGGGAGAACCAUCGAAACAAGAAGUGGUUGACGAUGAGAAGGCUGCAUCUUUAUCGGGUUCAAAUAAUGACAAUGAAGAAUUGAUUGUUGAAGAGCAUAAUUCUGAUAGUGAGUCUUCAGAUUAUGGGACUAUUGAAGGUUCUUCUUCUCCAAUUCUUUCGACACCAGCGAAUUCAGAUGAUGUGUUCUGUACAGUGCCAGGGCGAUUAUCUUUGUUGAGUAGCAUAAGCAAGUAUAAAGUCACCGUUGGAGAGCUACUAGAAAGUUAUGGUAAGGGCGCAUUUUCCUCUCCCGAUUUUAUCCUCUUAAAAACAUGCAUCUGGAUGGUAGGGAGUGGACUCUUGAUAUGA